CCCCGUCAAAUAUAUUAAACUGUCACAAGAAUCAAUCUCUUAAUCUUUCAAAAUCGAAUAUAUUCAAUAUUAUGUCAAAAAUUGAUGAUUUUUCCUCAGAUUCUGAUUUAGAACUUCAAGAGGCAUUUGCUAAAGGUGAGAUAAAGUCCGGUGAGUUUUAUCAAGAGAUCAAUCCACCAAAAACUUUUAUAAAUGAUAAAAAUGGGCUAAAAGUUGCGCAUGAUAAAUUUAUCUCCAAAAAGUUAACCUUUCCUGAGAUAUUAGAUGUUUAUUCAACAAAUGUUCCAUUAACUUUAGAACAAGAUCAACUAAAUUUCAAAGAAUAUAUAGACAAUGAUACAUCUAAUGGUGCAAAAGAGGAUAUUAAUGAAAGAAUUAAAAAAGAAGAAGUAUUGGCACAGAAUGAUUUUCAGCGAGAAUUAUAUUUCUAUAAUUUAGCACAGACUUCUUGUUUCAAGCAAUUGCAAAGACUAAGAGAGUCUGGAACAUAUACUGAAAGGCCAGAUGAUUAUUUUGCUGAGAUGAUCAAAUCAGAUAUGCACAUGGAUAGGAUUAAACGAGUGUUGAUAGGCAAACAAAAUCGUUUGGACAAAAUCGAAAAAAUAGUCAAAAGCAGACGAGAAAAAAAUUUCAAGAAAAAGGUAGCCAAAGUAAAUGAAAUUCAAAAAAGAGCUUCUAAAAAGUCUACGAUGGAGAAAACGAAGCUAUGGAAACAAAGGAAGCAAACCAAUACUCCAGGUGAAGAAGAGUCAAAAUCUCAUUCCAAUAAAUUUGAUAAUAAACGCCCAGCCAAUAAAAUGAGUAAAAAGGCUAUAUUUAAAAACCAAAAAUUUGGCCAAACUGGAAAUAACAGCUUACUAACCGGUGGCAAUAAACGCAAAAGGGGUUCUAAAGCUAAUAACAUGAAAGCAGACGAUAUCAAAACGUUCAACAACAACAAAUCAAAUAACUUUAAGAACACUAAAAAUUUCGGAAAUUUCAAAAGUUCAAAAAAGGGAGGUGGAAAGAAAGGAUCCAAAGGUUUUAAGAAAACUAGACCCGGUAAGAAUAGGAGACUCAAAAUGAAAUCCGUUAUCAAGAACAGAAAAUAGGGUGAUUAUAUAUAUAUUUUUUCAAAUUAUGUAAAAUAUGUUUAUAAAAGUAUCUGUACACAUUCUGUGAUAAUAAAUGCUACAAAAAAUUAUUUGCAAUAUUGAACAAUUCAAAAGAAAAAAUUCGAUUGGACAAUUUUAUGAUUAUUUUAAUA